AUCAUAGCAUAUGGAAAACAUGUAGAAAGUGCAAGAGCAAGCUUUUCAGCCAAGCAAAGCUUCCAUAGAGAGAGAAAGAGAGAGACAGAGAGAUAGAUUAUGUUCUUCUUUGGGAAAUUAACCAACAAAUUAAGCUUCGCGCAGGCGAAAGGUAGCUGAGCGAAGUGUUCAGAUUUACCAAUAUUUGAGUCAAUUCUCUGGGCUUUAAACUUGUCUGAAAGAGAGAUCGAGAGAAGGGAAAAGUAAUUCCAUAACGAGGGUUUUUGGAGUCGAGAGAAAUUAAAUUCAAUAUUUAUGGAGUCUACCAAUCUUCAUGAGGGUGAUGAGAUUCAGCUCUGGCAACAGUUCGUCGAGUGUCCUUUUGCCGCCCAGUCUGCAGCUGGCUAUGGCGUAUCCUCCUCAAUCACUCCCAAUUUCAGCCCUAACAUGCAGUGUUGGAGGAGUGAUAAAGACAACAACAUACUUCCCAAUCAUCCUGAAAUCCUCCAAAACUUGACGUCAAGGCCAAAGGAUAUUGAGGCUGCAUUGCCUGUAGCCCCAGCUGCUGCUUUCAAUCAUGACCUUGGCUUUGGUGAUGCAAUAUUAAGAAGAAGCUUUGCCAUUAAUGAAUCUACCAGCUUUCUGCAACUCGGAAAAUCAAAUCUUAAUCCUUCUGCUUCCAUCAAACAUGAAAAAAGAGAGGGCCUCAGCUGGCUCAACCCUCUCUCAUGCAGUGGCAGAACUGGCAGCAGGCUGCUGGAUCUUUCGGCCGCCGCUGCUGCUGCCGGAGAGUUUCACUCCAGUAGCAAAGCUGCAUCAGACCCUGAUCACAGGCUUGAUGAUGGUGAGGCUUUAUUUAGCAGUAGUAAGUUCGGCCAAGUUUUACCAAGUACUUACGCAAACCAGGAUCCGUCUCUACUGGUCACAAGUUCUGUGGGCAUGUACAGACAAGCAUUAGAUCCCUUGAUUAGCACCAGAAAUCUUGGCCACCAAGCGCACAUGCAAGAACCAAGUUGUAGCCCAUCAAGCAGCUCCAACAAUAAGGCAUCAAACAACAGGAAUGGAGUCCCGAAGGUUAAAAGAUCGGGGUGUUCUUCAGAACCAAAGGCAUCUAUUUCACCAGCUAGGAAGUCCCGAACUAUAUUCAAGACCCCAUACACACCACUUAAGGUUCGAAAGGAGAAAUUAGGAGACAGGAUUUCAGCUCUUCACAGGUUGGUGGCACCUUUCGGCAAGACGGAUACAGCGUCUGUGUUAACUGAAACCAUUGGGUACAUCCAGUUCCUUGAAGACCAGAUCCAGACAUUCUGUGCUCCUUACAUUAAAGCGUCUCUAGGCAAGCCAUGUGUUAUCAUCCAAAAGAGUUCAAGAAUGAAGGGGGGGAAGCAACAGCAAGAUCUGAGGAGUAGAGGGCUAUGCCUUGUGCCCAUAUGUUUCACAUCCUAUAUAUCCUUCCAUUCGCAUUAAUAAUUAAAACUCGCAUUAAUACAUAUCGUUGCCGUCACGUCAGAGCAGCUUCUUUCUUCUUUCUUAAUGGCGUUUCCGGGUACAGCAAAGGCAAUUCUGAAGUUGUUUGAUGAUGAGAAGAAAGAAAAGACACGGGGGGGGGGGGGGGGGGGGGGGGGGGCGGCGCUAAGUGCUUGUAUUUAAGUAUCAAGUUCAAGUGCUCCCACAACAUGUAAUUUAAUUUAGGAUCUCAAUAGACAAUAUGUCGUUGGUUUAGUUCGUACUUGACCCUUUGAUUUUAUUAUAAUCGUGCGUGACAAAGUCCUAAAUUAGAAGGGAAAUUAUCAAGUUGGC